UAGAUUUUGAAAACCGAGGGCCAAAGUGGAAAAUCCCCACACCAUAAAACCCAACGAGAUCUCCAGCUUCCCUUCUUCUCCGCCGCCGCGCCGCCAGCACGAAACGCUAGCCCCGUCCGCCGCCGCGCCAGCCACCACUCGCCCCUCCUCGUCGCAGCCAUGGGCAAGGUGCACGGGUCGCUGGCGCGCGCGGGGAAGGUGCGCGGGCAGACGCCCAAGGUGGCGAAGCAGGACAAGAAGAAGAAGCCCCGGGGCCGCGCCCACAAGCGCAUGCAGUACAACCGCCGCUUCGUUACCGCCGUCGUCGGCUUCGGCAAGAAGCGCGGGCCCAACUCCUCCGAGAAGUAGAUCGCCUGCCGGUUCACCUAAAUGGGAUUGAGAUUGUGAUGUUCUCGGGUUGGGGAUGAUGCAUGGACGUGGGGAAGAAACUUGAGAGUGCAUUUUGGUUAUUGGUAGUUUACUGUUAUUGGAUUAUGCGCCAGACUUGAAUCCUUAUGCAUUACCCUUCCUAGUUCCAUUGUGUAAGGGUACAGCACGAUAUUUUAUCUUGCAAGGAUAUGUUAUAUGUUUUUUUUUAACUAGUAGAAAUGCCUAAACUUUUCGGUGC